CGCCAUCCAGCGCAGUAGACACUGUUUGUUGUAACUCAAUUCGUUCCAUACACAAUUGCGAGCGUUCUUUAUCAACCAGUGAUAUCACUGAGUUAAGUGUAUAGUGUGCAUUAUUUCUACUAUAAAGGUUUCUCUCAUACAGAUAUUUAUAUGUUCUUUUCCGGUACAUCGUGUAAACAUAUUGACCCUAAACAAAUGGGUGUGUGUAAUAUUAGUGCUGUGCGCAACAUGUUGUUGAUAUCAGCUGAUAAGGAUUUCCACAAAGUGUAGACUGGGGCGUGCCUAGCAUGAUUCCACAAACUCAGAUCUCCAGUUCUGCUGACUAAAAGAUUUACAGUGAUUUAUUGAGCUCUCCAGCCUACCACAGUUCUGUGAAAUAUCCUUUGCGACACCGGAAUAUGGGUCUUAAUGAUGAUGCUCGUCGUAGUUGUGAAGAUCUCGAAGCUGAUGACGGAAAUACUGAUCCACUCUUAGGCAGAGGACAGCAACUGAGCACUUAUGCCGGUAGCAGUAGUUCAUCUCUAGACGUUCACGAAGCAACUUACCCACCCUCGAUAGUGCCAAUGAGGAUCGACUCCUUGGUGGUUAACCCGAGCGAUGACGGCCACAGCAAGAACGUGGUUGUCCACAUCGGUGAUGACAACAAAGUGAAUGUGAACCACAUUUUCGUAUGUUCCAAGGACCGCUCAGAGUAUUCAGAAUUUUCAGAUUCGGCAAAGACUGAUAUUGAACGAACUAUUGCCGAAGUCAUAUCAAAGUCUUGUUCCGCUAAAGUAAGGCCGCAGGAUAGUCUAGUCACACAUAACAGAGAGAGUGGCGCUAGUCCAGAAGGAAAAUCAGGUCUACAGUCUAAAUUGUUUUACUGGGUGAUCAUUCUAGUUGCACUGUCAGCAUCAGCCUGCGUUUUACUAGCUGUAGUUUCCGCAGUAAAAAAUAGGUUCAUUGGUGCCCUAAGUGACGGAGGCCUCUGGUGGCUGACGAUGAUGGGUGGCGUAAUCGUGUCUCUUUCGUGCAUCAACCUCGUCACUAACGUGGUAUUCUUUGUCAACAGGCUCCUCACCAUGUAUUCCCAGCAUAGUGACAAAAAUAACAGUCUUCCAGAGAACAUGCCAGAUGGUCCACGACUGAUGGUUCGCUGGAGGUGGGGAGCCCAGCCUGCUGGGUAUAUUGACGAUAACACUUUACCCAUAAAGAGGGUAGUCAUCAUUCACACGGCAUCAGAAGAGCUCCUGGCUACCCCCAAAUGUAUCCACUACGUGAGACAGGUGCAGUCCGUCCAUAUGGAAGGAAGGGGGUGGAGUGAUAUCGCGUACAACUUCCUGAUCGGCGGUGACGGCUCCGUCUUCGUAGGUCGGGACUGGGACAAGGUCGGAGCUCACACGAAGUCAAAUAACAUAGGCACUUUGGGAAUAGCAUUUAUCGGCACUUUUAUAGACCGAAUGCCCAAUAAUUACCAGCUAGAAGCACUCAAUAAACUUCUCGAGCAAGGUCUUAAGCUGAAGAAGCUAUCAGAGGACUACAAGAUUGUAGCUCAAUGUCAGCUACAAGUAACAGCAUCUCCUGGCAGAAUGUUUGUGGAAGAGCUACGAUCCUGGCCCAGAUUUGACUCGAGUUUACCCUUUAAUUUUGGGGAUACUCCAUAAUAAGAGAGUAUCAUAAAAAUAGUUAUCCUCCAAUAUUUCAGUAAAGACUAGAAACUUGACUGCGUAUUUCAUCGUACAAAAUUAGACUUAGGGUAUUCCGAUAGUUGCUCCAUAGAGUAUCUGUAACGUGUCUAUAGUAAGGUUAACUUCUAUAAACCAAUUACAACUAUUUUUGUUUUAGUAUAA